CUUUACCUUCAUCGGAAUUAACGGAAAAAUCCAUUGAUGUGGUCGAGUUGCAUGUGCAGAUAACUGGAAAUUGUUGAACAGGAAUGGGGAAUAGUCCUAGCGCCCCUCGUCUACUGGGAAAUGAAUACUAUUCUUACGAUAUUAAACUUAAUAACGGGGCUAACAUUAGCGUGUCAACAGACAGAAGUACUUUGCCACCACGUUGGAAACUCGUGUACGACGUUGACGGAAUGACUUGUACACUUUCCAUAUUAAAUACUCCCGACGGAAAAUUAGGUCCUGAUACGUUAUUCAUCGCUGUCGAAGAUUGUACAACAGUUUUUCUUCUUCAGCGACUUGAAAAAUUCGACAUAGAAGUGAUUAAAACACCAACAAACGGUCUUCUUUCCUCAAUAACUGAGUACAGGAAUGUAUUAAAAUAUGGUCAGACAUCGAGUGGCGGGGUAACAACUGAGAGGUGGGUAUAUGGGUGUGGAACCAGGAAAGGUCUUUUGGUUGUGCAGAGCAAGAAGCAAAGCAACGAAAAACAAUCCUACAUGGUUACCGUAGCGCAUUAUUACGUGAAUAGUGAUAGUAAUGGAAUUGGUGUAGACAUAGGUUUUUCAGUUGUGGUGAAGAUUGGAGUGGUUAAUGGGCAAUUAGAUUAUAGCGUAGAUGGUCCUGUGGAACACCCUUCUUCUGCAUUACUUUACUUGAUUGAAGAAGUGUGUCGAACAGGGACGUGGAAGCCUUCUGCAUGCCCUCAUUGCAAGAAUAUCCAAUCGCAACAGCGUAGAUUGCUUCUAUCUGAGAGUGAAGACAGCGAAACCAAUCUUCCAACACUACCAUCUUAUGGAGGCCAACAAUAUGCAUCAAAUAAAGGACGCUUCAAUGGCGAUGGCAUCGGUAGUAUGAUUCGAGCAAAAAAUGUUAACUUCAAUAAAUGGUGGAGAUAACUUAUGCAUGCCAACGACUCUCCUUUUAUAUUGUGUCAUCCUGCUAGUUGCUUUUCAUAUAGCCUCGCUGAUAUAUAUAUAUAUAUAUAU